CUUCGCUAUCCUGCUCUCUAAGGAACGCAAACCCAUCACUAAGACACAAUGUCGACUUCGACCGAGGAACGACAGGCAACCAUCAACCUACCUUUCCCAAAUCUUAGGAGACCACAGGGGCCAAUCACGCCGCCCGUUACUCCCUCGCCCCCGGCGGCUACUACCACAAACGAGCCGUUGUCUCCGGCCUCAGAAACAAGCACCAUCCGCCUCCCCAACCGCCAUCGCGACGUACACCCCAAAAGAGCCAUCCGUCACCCCUCGCGCCCCUCGCGCCCCUCGCUCCGCCUGCGUUUCAAGUGCGGCGAUGACAACAAAUUGACUUGCGACCGGCUCGACAUCAACGGGGACCCUCUCCCAAAGCUGCGCAAGCACUGGGAGCAGGAGCAGGAGCGGGAGCGUGAAGCUGCUGCUACUGCUGCUGCUCAGGAUUCAUUGGUGCCUUCGCCGGCCGUUGUGGUCCCAACGACGCCCACACGGAGAUUUUCUACCCGAGUCCGAGACCGACGACUGAGACCGAUGAGUCCGCCGCCACUAAGGGCAACAACACCAGCAAACCCCAACAUCAUCAACAUCAACAACAACAUCAUUAUCCCCAUCAACAUCAACAACAUCAUUAUCCCCAUCAACAUCAACAACAUCAUUAUCCCCAUCAACAUCAACAUUCCUAGUUGUACCAACAACAUCACGAAUAACAACUCGAACGUAGAGAUUCUUGGCGUUGUGUUUGUCUCUGGCCCCUUGGGAUCAUCAGCUUUGAGAGGCAUUUUGGAUCUGAUGUUGCCGAUGUAG